GCGACUUUCACAUAUCAGAGUAAAAUUUUUCAAAAUAAUCAUCAAGUACAAUGGCUGUGCGAAACCAUGAAAACGGAAAUGGAGAGGGAGUAUAUCCCAACCUUUCAGAAGGUGUUAUAGUGGAAGUGGUCAGUCGUGGGUCAUAUAUUUUCCCCGUCUCUUUCGAAACGUUCGCUGCCAGCGUUGAUAAUAGGAAGAUCGUAUUGGAGAUUAUGAAGAACGAGGAGUUGUGGAAAAUGGCCCUAAAAAAAGUGUACAUGGAUUUUUACAUUUUUCCGAUGAGACGAACCGAAACAGGAUAUUUUAGGGAAGGGAUAGAUGAGUCUAGGCUGAUGCAAUUUGGCAUUCCCGCUCCCACUCCCACUACCCUUCCCCUUCCCAAUCCCACUCCCACUCCCCUUCCCACUCCCCUUCCCACUCCCCUUCCCACUCCCCUUCCCACUCCCCUUCCCACUCCCCUUCCCACUCCCACUCCCACUCCGCUUCCCAGUCCCACUCCCCCUUCCACAACUCCUGUGCCGGAGGAGGGCACCGAAACAAGAGAUGAAACAGUUCCUACUCCUGGCUGGCACUAUCCGGUGUCGUUCCGUUAUUUCAAAUCCCACGUAACAAAUAUGCAAGAGAUUGUUAAAAAAAUGAAAAGGAUGGAGAAGUAUAAGGAUAUGACACCGGAGAUGUACUGCCAGGUGUAUUACCAGCAAUUUUACAAAGAUUAUCGCAUUAGACAAGAAAUUGAAUGUCGCUUUCGGAUGUGUCCCGGGUGUGUGCGCAACAAACUUAAUGCGUUUGUGUACCAAAUGGGCAGGCCUUCUUACUCUUGCCAGAUUGUGGAGGAGGGUCAAGACGAAAGGACUGAAAUGCCUCCGCCUGGGACAGAUCCAAGCAGCCAUGUCCAUCUCGAUGCUCCAUAGGAAGCACAAGAGGAGGACGGGGAAGGAGCUGUGGCAGCAGUGGUGACCGGGGAUCCACCCACCCCACAUACUAAAGACGCGGAAACGCAAACCGCCCCCCCAAAGUCUAUCGACUUACAAGUACUUACUGACUUGGGGUAUGACGAAGAAUUUUUUAGAAAAAUGUUGCGAUUUACCCGAGAUGUGAUAUCAACAUCCAUCGUUUGAAUUAUAAAGUUCCUUUCUAAAAUA